AUGCGGGCAUCGCUCCUCCGAAAGAGAGCCGGAGGGAGAGCAGGGGGAGCUGUGCCUGCGGGGUCACCGAAAGGCCUCUCCUGUAAUGAGUUUAAUGCUGGCGCUUGCACCGCUCUGAAGGUCACAGUUGGCAGUACUGGGAAAUCCUCUGUCCUCAUGUUCCAGCCUGAUUCCCAGGAGUUUAAUGCCAGCAGCAGGCUGGGCUUUCUCCUCUUGGACCGGGGCCACCGUGCCCGCAAGGGCUCCUCCAACUUUGAAGGGGUGGGACCGCAGCCAUCUCUGGGCAAGCCGCUGCAGGAUGUCCCCUCGCUGGCCGCGCAGCCCUCGGUGCGUUCCGCGGCGCCGCCAGCAGGUAGCGCUGUGCCCUCUGCGUGCCCGCAGGCAGCGCCAGCUGCGCCCUGCUCCGGCCUGGGCAGCGGCGGACCCCGGAGCCACGGAGCUGUGGCGGUGUCUGUGUGCCCUCCUCAUUCACCCUGCUCCUGCGGGCACUCAGCAGCAGCGGACCCCAGAGCCACGGAGCUGUGUCAGUGUCUGUGUGCCCUCCUCAUUCACCCUGCUCCUGCGGGCACUCAGCAGCAGCGGACCCCGGAGCCGCGGAGCUGUGUCAGUGUCUGUGUGCCCUCCUCAUUCACCCUGCUCCUGCGGGCACUCAGCAGCAGCGGACCCCGGAGCCGCGCAGCUGUGUCAGUGUCUGUGUGCCCUCCUCAUUCACCCUGCUCCUGCGGGCACUCAGCAGCAGCGGACCCCGGAGCCGCGGAGCUGUGUCAGUGUCUGUGUGCCCUCCUCAUUCACCCUGCUCCUGCGGGCACUCAGCAGCAGCGGAUCCUGGAGCCGCGCAGCUGUGUCAGUGUCUGUGUGUCCUCCUCAUCCACCCUGCUCCUGCGGGCACUCAGCAGCAGCGGACCCCAGAGCCGCGCAGCUGUCCCUGCCCACACCUUGUUUCUCUUGCAGAAGAAGUCUGAUGUUUACUCAGUUGAGAUCUAUGGGACAAAAGAACUGGAAAAAACAGAGAUUGGAGACGAAAACGAGAAGUACAAAGACUUGAAAGGCAACAAGAAGAAGAAGAAGGCAGAAGAGCUUAAGAAAGAGCUGGACCUGGAGGAUCACAAACUCAGCGCUUCAGAACUGGAGGAAAAGUAUGGAACAAGCAUCAACAAAGGUCUCUCCAGUGCAAGAGCAGCAGAGAUUUUGGCUCGGGAUGGGCCCAACUCCCUCACUCCUCCCAAAGCCACCCCUGAAAUUGUCAAGUUCCUGAAGCAGAUGGUGGGAGGCUUUUCCAUCCUCCUGUGGAUAGGAGCUGUCUUCUCCUGGAUCUCUUGUGGCAUUCAGAUUGCCCAGGGAGCUGAGUCACCUUAUGACAAUCUCUACCUGGGAGUAGUCCUGGCGCUGGUUGUCAUCCUCACUGGUAUCUUUGCUUACUACCAAGAAGCUAAAAGCACAAACAUCAUGGCCAGCUUCAGUAAGAUGGUUCCACAGCAAGCUCUUGUCAUCAGAGAUGCAGAGAAGAAGGAGCUGCCAGCAGAGCAGCUGGUGGUUGGAGACAUUGUGGAGAUCAAAGGUGGCGACAGGAUCCCAGCAGACAUCCGUCUGAUCGCUGCUCAGGGCUGUAAGGUGGACAAUUCUUCACUCACAGGGGAAUCAGAGCCACAGUCUCGCUCCUGUGACUUCACCCACGAGAACCCCCUGGAGACCAGGAACAUUGCCUUCUACUCCACCACCUGUGUGGAAGGCACUGCCACGGGCAUCGUGAUCAACACCGGGGACCGCACGGUGAUCGGGCGCAUCGCCUCGCUGGCCUCGGGGGUGGGCAACGAGAAAACCCCCAUAGCUAUUGAGAUAGAGCACUUUGUCUACCUGGUGGCAGGAGUGGCUGUCUCCAUUGGUGUGCUCUUCUUCAUCAUAUCUGUCUCCAUGCGGUACAAGAUCCUGGACUCCAUCAUCUUUCUGAUUGGCAUCAUCGUGGCCAACGUGCCCGAGGGGCUGCUGGCCACAGUGACGGUGAGUCUGUCCCUGACAGCCAAGAGGAUGGCCAAGAAGAACUGUUUGGUGAAGAACUUGGAGGCUGUAGAAACACUUGGUUCUACCUCCAUCAUCUGCUCUGACAAGACAGGGACCCUCACCCAGAACAGGAUGACUGUUGCUCACCUCUGGUUCGACAAUCAGAUCUACUCGGCUGACACCAGCGAAGAUCAAACAACCCAACCUUUUGAUCAGAGCUCUCCCUCAUGGACAGCAUUGUCCAAAAUUGUAACUCUCUGCAACCGGGCAGAAUUCCGACCAGGACAGGAGAGCAUCCCAGUCAUGAAGAGGGUUGUGGUAGGUGAUGCCUCUGAAACAGCUCUGCUGAAAUUCUCUGAAGUCCUUCUGGGGGAUGUUAUGAGCAUCAGAGCACGGAACAAAAAGGUGGCUGAAAUCCCUUUCAACUCUACCAACAAAUUCCAGCUCUCCAUCCACGAGACCGAGGACCCUGACGACAAACGCUUCCUGCUGGUGAUGAAAGGAGCCCCAGAGAGGAUCCUGGAGAGGUGCAGCACCAUCAUGAUCAACGGCAAGGAGGAGCCACUGGACAGUGAAAAGGCAGAGGCCUUCCAAACAGCAUACAUGGAGCUGGGGGGCAUGGGAGAGCGAGUGCUGGGCUUCUGCCAUCUGUACCUGCCUGAAGACAAGUUUCCAGACACCUACUCAUUUGACACAGAUUCCAUGAACUUCCCAACCUCCAACCUGUGCUUUGUUGGGCUCUUGUCCAUGAUCGAUCCACCUCGCUCCACAGUGCCGGAUGCUGUCUCCAAAUGCCGCAGCGCUGGGAUCAAGGUUAUCAUGGUGACUGGUGACCAUCCCAUCACAGCCAAGGCCAUUGCUAAGAGUGUGGGCAUCAUUUCAGCCACCAGUGAGACUGUGGAAGACAUUGCCAAGCGCCUCAACAUCCCCGUGGAGAGAGUCAACAGAAGAGAAGCUACAGCAGCAGUGGUGAAUGGGAUGGAGCUGAAGGACAUGAGCCUGCAGGAGCUGGAUGAAAUCCUCUGCCACCACUCCGAGAUCGUCUUCGCUCGGACAUCGCCCCAGCAAAAGCUGAUCAUAGUUGAAGGCUGCCAGAGGCAGGGAGCAGUUGUCGCCGUGACCGGAGAUGGAGUCAACGACUCCCCUGCCCUGAAGAAAGCAGACAUCGGAAUCGCUAUGGGGAUUGCUGGCUCUGAUGCAGCCAAAAACGCAGCUGAUAUGGUGCUGCUGGAUGAUAACUUUGCCUCUAUUGUCACAGGCGUGGAGGAAGGCCGCCUGAUCUUUGACAACCUGAAGAAGACAAUUGCCUACACUCUGACCAAGAACAUUGCUGAGCUCUGCCCCUUUCUCAUCUACAUCAUUGCCAGCAUCCCACUGCCCAUUGGCACUAUCACCAUCCUGUUCAUCGACCUGGGCACAGACAUUAUCCCCUCCGUGGCCUUAGCCUACGAGAAGGCUGAAAGUGAUAUCAUGAACAGGAGACCUCGAAACAAGAAGAAGGACAGGCUGGUGAACCAGCAGCUGGCAGUCUACUCCUACCUGCAGAUCGGUAUCAUGCAGUCAGUGGGAGCCUUUGUCACCUAUUUCACUGUGUAUGCUGAGCAAGGUUUCCUCCCUCACACGCUGCUCGGCGUGCGAGUGGCCUGGGAGAGCAAUGCCAUUAAUGACUUUGAGGAUUCCUAUGGACAGCAAUGGACCAAGUACCAGAGGACGUACCUGCAGUGGACUGGCUACACUGCUUUCUUUGUCAGCAUCACCAUCCAGCAAGUGGCUGACCUCAUCAUCAGGAAAACACGAAGGAAUUCCAUCUUCCAGCAGGGGCUUUUCAGGAACAAAGUCAUCUGGGUGGGUAUAUUUUCCCAGAUAGGAAUUGCUCUGAUUCUUACCUAUGGCCUGGGACAUGUCACAGCCCUGAACUUCACACCUCUGAGGUUUCAGUACUGGUUUGUGGCUGUACCAUUUGCAGUCUUGAUAUGGGUCUACGAUGAAGUCCGCAAGCUGCUGAUCAGGAGAUACCCAGGAAGCUGGUGGGACAAGAACAUGUACUACUGAAACCCUGCUGCGCUCCCUCCUUGGGGAGAGCUCCUUCCCCACCCGACCCAGGCUCUGCUGCUUUCGUGUCCUGUCUGUGCAAUAUCAAGCAUGAGUUCACCCCGUGAAGGGGAGAAGAGAUUUCAUGAGUCUAAUGAAGAAAUAAGGACUUCAGAGGCUGACAAAUGACCUCCCACUGGACUGUAAAGCUGGCACUUGUCUCCAAAUCGAAACGCUACCUAUUUUGGUUAUCAAGCACCAUACUCCCCCUCCUCAUGCAAAGAUGAACUUGGAGAGAGCUCUGAGAGGAAAAGCUGCACAGAGAUAAAGCAAGAAAAGCCAAAGACAGAAGCCCCACACAAUCUAAGGCAUGAAUUUGCACUAAAGGUGUUUGCUGGUUUCCUUUUGCUGGUGGAACUGAAUUCCAAGCGAGUGCACACACAGACCUGUGUUACCUCAUCCGGGGGGGGGAAAUGCUGUACAGGAAGAAUUUCAUAAUAAAACUAGUGUGGUUUUUUCCAGAAAGCAGGUC